AAACAGAGAGAGAGAGAGACCAGAACCAGCACUGACAACUGACUACAGAACCUCAGCAGACACCAAGAUGAAGAUGCCUCAGCUGAUCAUCCUCCUCCUGACCAUUUUGCUGCAUGCGGCGGCCGGUUUCCCCACCGACAGGAGAGGACGGGACAAACAUGCCUCUUGGGACGACGUGAACGUUGUGGCCCACGGCCUCCUGCAGCUCGGCCAGGGUCUGAAGGAGCACGUGGACAAGACAAAAGCCCAGAUGAGAGAUGUCAGCGCCACACUGAAAGCCCUCAACGGCACUGUGGUUGAACUGGAGAGGAGGCAGCAGGAGCAAGAUGAAGCUCUGAGGGCCAAAGCCAAGGAAGUGGAGGAGAGGGAGAGGCUGGCAGCAGGGCUGGCCGAGGAGGUGAAGGGGAAGGUGGAGGAGGUGAAGAAGGAGACUCGGGACAUCCACUCCAGGAUGGACAGACUGGAAGAAGUGCUCACAGAGUCGACACUGGACAGCAACAACAGCGAUCACGCAGGAGUCCCAUUUAUCCAGCGACUGGUGGCAGCUCAGAACAGACGCAUCGACCAGCUGGUGGAGAAAAUCCAGCAGCAACAAGACAAGCUUGAGAAGCAGAGUCUGCACCUACAAGCGCUGCAGAGCAAGGUUGCACUUAAGAGAGUAAAAUCUCACAGACGGAGAGAUGAGGAGACGGCACUGAGGGGCGAGGCCGAGCAUAUCCCCAAUCAAACAGAUUUGGCCACAGAUUGUCAUGAUCUGUUUGUACGAGGGCAGCGAGCCAGUGGAGUCUACACGAUCCAACCUGAGAACUCUAAGCCCUUCAACGUCCUCUGUGAAAUGACUUCAGAUGGUGGAUGGACCAUCAUCCAGAAACGUCACGAUGGAUCCCUAAACUUCAAUCAGCUUUGGGAGAGCUACAAGAAAGGCUUCGGCAACCUGAACGAUGAGUUCUGGUUGGGCUUAGAAAACAUCCACUCGGUCUCCAGACAAGGACAGUACAUCCUGCAGGUGGAGCUUUCUGAUGAGUCGGGGCAGCAGCAGGAGGCUCGUUUUCAGUUUCACCUGGAUGGAGAAGAGAUGAAGUUCGCCCUCCACCUUGAGCAGGACUCUUCAUCUGGGGUUCAGGAGAAAGCGAUGACCACCGGAGCUUCUGGUCUUCCCUUCUCCACAGCCGACAGAGACAACGACCUCGCUGCAGACGUCAACUGUGCUGAGCUGCUCUCAGGUGGUUGGUGGUUCAGCAGCUGCGGUGAGUCAAACCUCAACGGCAAAUAUCCCAGAAGGCCGAGUGAGCUCAGGAGCCAGAAGUCCAGGAGACAAGCCAUGUUUUGGACGACCACAGAGGGACAGAGAAACUCUCUGAAGACCACACUUCUGAAGAUAGCACCGGCAUCCAUAAAACAAUAAUCCUGUCUCAAAAAGACUGAGCAGCAAAGUUACUCAAAACCAGAGACUGUUUUUAACUUAAAUGCUGAACUACUAAAGCACUGGAAGCUGGACAAGUUUCAUAUUAUUGAUCCUAAUGCACUGGAUGAUCAGAUGAUUCUAUGCUAUGCUAUAUGAUAACACAACGUGUCAGUGUUCAGUCAUAUUGACAGGUGUAACUCUAUUCCCUUUAUAAGGGCUUUACUUAUUUUCUAAUAUAUUGUAAUUGUUUUAAUUACUUUGUACUUAAAGAAUGUACAGUUUCUUACUUCAAACAUUUAUUCAUGUUUUAUAUUUCAUUUAUAUGAAGUGAAUGAAAAUAAACUUUUUCAACAUUGA